AUGGAAACGGAAACAUCUUUUCCAGCGAGCACAACCACAAUAAUCGGAGCAAGUGCAACGAUAUUAGUAGCACUAGCCGGAUGUUCUCCUCAAAACGGCAGUCUUCUUCUGCUGGCCGCUCUUCGCCUCGUUUACUAUGUGGACGAAGAACAACAUAAUUUUUUGUCGACUGAUUAUAUGAGGUAUAAGAAUUCGCACAAGAUUUCCUCGGAGAAUGGGGUGUUGAGGCGGAUUUAUUAUGAUGAUGCAGCGGGGUGGCAAAAGCUGGAGGUGCCGAGAGUUGUCAAUAAGGACGGACACAGGCCUUCUAAUUUCGAGGAGAUUAUUCUAAAAGGAUAUGAAUUUGUCGACCGAUCUCUCUUUAUUAAAGAUUGUAUCGAAUUCAAUGGUCGUGUAGCUCUAAUAAUUCGUCCUCACGGUUAUGGCAAGACUACUAAUCUCUCCAUGCUCGAUUGCUUCUUCAAUAUCAAACCGACAGCCGAGCCAAUACCACGUGAAGAAAUAUUUCGUGACCUUGAAAUAUGGAAACCGAAAAAUAUCGUCCGUCAGUAUUUCAAAAAAGUUCCAGUGAUCCAUUUUGAUAUGUCGCGUAUCAAAGGAACCAACUGGGCAGAAAUGUACGAAAAUAUCAAACGAAUGAUUUGUCUGGUCUACCUCAAACACAAAUACCUCCCAAACAGAUUAGAGCCUCUAGAAGACCGAGAACAUUUUGAAGAUAUCUGUGCAUGUGAUCGUGGAUUGACAGAGGCUGAUUGGGAGAAGGCGUUCCGCGAUUUAUCCUCGUAUCUUUACAAAUAUCAUAAUCAGCAUUGUUUCGUGCUGGUUGAUAACUUCGAGUUGCCUGCUGAGAUGGCAUAUGAUUAUGAUCUUAAAGCCGGAAAACCUUUUCAUAAGAAGGCUCUCGCCUUCUUUAAAAAUAUGUUUACGGAACUGUUGAAGGAUAACCCUUAUCUAGACAAAGCAUUCAUAGUAGGUUCAGACAUAUCCAAACGCUCAUAUUUCCUCCCGGCGCACGUCUGGGAAUACACAUUAUCAGACAGCAACAGCGACAAAAUAUUCCUGGACAAAUUUGCCUUCUUGGACCACGACAUGCAAAAACUCUUGCGACAGUAUCGACUGAGCUCGGAUGAUGAGGAAGCCGUGUUGGAGGGAGGUAAGGCGCGAAAGGUCGGCAAGGGGACGAAAAAGAUGCAGUUGUAUAAUCCGGAAAUUGUGUGGCGGCUGGUGUCUGAGCGUCUUGCGAGUUCACAUAAGGCUAAAUGGUGA